AUGCCCACCUUGGAAGAGAUCCCCGAUGAGAUCAUCCACCACAUUCUCUCCUACGUGUCGCCGGAGAACAAUCUGCUCAGCGUUCAGCUGCUCUCGAGACGACUCAACACGAUCGCCAACGAGCCGCUGCUAUGGCGCCAGCACUGUCGGACGUCCUUCAAGUACUGGGGCCCUGACCAUGACUUCCAAGCCAAGCUCGACGGCAAGGUCUCCGACGUCGACUGGAAGGGGCUGUUCCUCGUACGCAAGGCGACCAACGCCCGCAUCUCCAACCUCUUCGACGGCAUUCUCGCCACCAAGCUCGGCCGCGUGAGGAGGUUCGAGCAGAUUUGCCUCCUCGGCUACGACGCAAAGGACUUCCUGCUAGAGCAAUGUCACACCAUUGACACGGCGGACGACGUGCUGGCCAGGCGCAAGGCCCUUCUCGCGAGCCUCCGCCGAGGACUCGCUCUCGACGUCUGGGACAGCCUGCGCCGCCAUCCGGAUAUCGUGGCCAGCGGGCGAGACCCCCCGUGGCGAAGACCGCGCGCUCUGGAGUCGGCUCUCUCUGCUCUGGACAUGUUUGUCAUCCAGGAUGAUGCGGGCGACAUGAAUCACGUAGGUCUUUGGUUGACUGCGCCCGGCGCCGUGCAUGAACUGACAUGGUGUCAAGGCAUGAGCGAUCCUCACAAGAACUAUCGGAAUCUGAGAAACUGUUUCAUCGGCCAAGCCCUGCGACAGGAGGAACACGAGUCGCUACCUCUCAUCUCCGUGGCCAUCUUCUGCUGCCUCGCGGAACGCCUGGGUCUGAACGCGCACUGCCUGGCCAUUCCGGGCCAUGUACAUGCAGUAGUGUAUGCCACGCGCGACACGAACCUCGACGGUGUCAAGACGGAGACGGGGGAGGGAAAUAUUGAGCCUGCAAUUGAUGAGAUGUAUCUGGAUCCUUUCGCGUCAGACUAUGAAGUAUCCAAAGACUCGCUGCGUACCCUCGUGCUCGGUGUUGGCUGGCAGAGGUCUCUGGAAAGCCUCCUCCACCCCGCGCCCGCCGCGACGCUCGUCGUGCGGAUGGCCACCAACAUCAAAGCCACGUACACCUACCACCGCGGCCAAGACCCGUUUCUGCGCGCCGGGAACAUGCUGCACGGCCAUCCUUCGGAGAACCUCGAGCUCGCCGUCUACGCCCAGGCCUGGGCGACGCUGCUGCUCACGCCCGGCGCGCCCGAGGAGUUUGGCGAGAGCAGCCGCGAACUCGCCUUCUGGUUCAAUGCGCACCGCACAGAGGACGUGUGGCUCAUUGAAAAGUACUACUCGCCCCUCAGCGAGCGCAUACUGGGCACCUCGGCCAGCGAGUUCACGCGCCCCAUGCGCAGGGAGGACGAGGAGUCGCCCGUGCCGCGGCGACGGGUGCCGGACAUGACCUUCCGCAUCGGCCAGGUGGUGCGGCACGCACGGUACGACAGACUCGGCUUGGUCUACGGGUGGAUCCAGCACGCGGGCAUUACCUUCUAUAACUGCAUGAUCGAGGACGGGCCGCCGGCUGUUGUGGCCAGGGCUGAUAAUCUGGAGCUCGUCAAGGAAUCCCGAAUCUGGCUCCGAAAUCGGUUUUGA